AUCUGACGUGGCUAAUCAAAUAGGAAAAAACACGUGGCUCAUUCUGAUUCGAUAAUGACACCAACGCCCGCCGAUGACGUGGACCGCCGUUCUCAUUCAAAUACUUCUACAUAGCUUCUGCGAUUCCGGUACCGGCAGAAGCUCGCAGGGAGACAGAGAAAUCGGGCAAAUGGCGAUUAAGCUGUAUACGAGAUCUAUUAUUUUGAUUGUUGUUAUUGCUUUCUUAUCGGUUUUACCAGCUACGCUUUGCAUAGAAGAUAAAUGUUCUGCUUGUUCCGCCAUUGCUGAGGAGCUCGAGCAUGGACUAUUGAAAGAAAAGCCAAGAAACCAUUUAGACAUGAGACAUCGCCUGGAUUCUAAAGGUCAGCGUGAAGGGAAACUUAUUGAUUACAGAGGCAGCGAGUUACGAGUCGUUGAACUCUUAGAUGACCUUUGUGAAAAGAUGCAAGAUUAUACACUGGAGAAGGUGGAUUCAAGCACCAACACUUGGAUCAAAGUAAGCAAUUGGGACCUUCUCAAGACUAAUAAGCAAGAAGCUCGAGCACAUUCAAAAGCGUUGUCAUCCUUUUGUGGAAGGUUACUCGAGCAAACUGAAGAUGAGUUGGCAGAGUUGAUAAAGAAAGGAUCUGUCAGAGUUGGAGAUGUGACCAAGGUAUUAUGUGAAGAUCUCAGCAACUAUUGCAAGGGGACAAGCAGCUCCAAUAAGGCAGUAGAUGAUGAACUUUGACCUGAUAAAUCAUUUUGUUUCCGUGGCUGGUUGAUGAGGUAAAGAACCAGAAAUUCAGAUGAUUUCCAUAGAAGUAGAAACAGUUUGUUACGUCCUCAUAUUUCUUCUGAUAUUUUUUAACUUUUUAAUACAACAUACAUUUGUAUGUCCUUCCCUCUUUUUUAUUGGACCAUGUAUCAGUCAUCCCAUGUUGUACUGAAAGAUCAACUAAUUUUAUCGAUGAACAAUAUUAAUACUCUCUUUUGCGUCUU